UAGCAUCCUUAUCACUCGCGACACCUGGCGACACGCACUUCUUAUCUGCUUCGCGGCAAUUCAUAGGGGCAUCGAGAGCUUUUGAGGUAAUUUUACUGACGAAGAAUAGUUCAUUGAUAUGGUGAAUAAUUUGCGAAGAGAAAUUUCGAUCUCUAAAGAUUUUACCUUAUUGGGAUGAAAAAUGCAGUUUUGUCAUUGUUUGAAGACAAGGAGUAUGUCAAAGUAUGUGCUCCUAUGGUUCGAUAUAGCAAAGUGCAGUUUCGGAACAUAGUUCGCAAGUAUGGGUGCGAUCUAUGUUUUUCACCUAUGAUCGUUGCAAACUCAUUUGUACAGUCUUCAAAAGCCAGAGACAUUGAAUUUACUAGUUAUGAUGGUGUCCUCAGUGAUCGGCCACUCAUUGUACAGUUUGCUUCCAGCUGUGUAAAAGAUUUUGUCGAUGCUGCGGAAUUUGUAGCGCAGCACUGCGAUGGUAUUGACUUGAACUGUGGCUGCCCUCAAAAAUGGGCACUGAAAAGUGGGUUUGGCUGUGGUCUGCUCAGUCAACCAGAAAUCAUCCAUGAUUGUGUGAAACAGCUGCGUAACAGACUGCCUGAACACAAGACUGUGUCUGUCAAAAUACGCUUGUACGAUGAUGUGCGGAAAACAGUGGAACUUGCUCAGAGUUUAGAGGCUGCUGGAGUCUCCUUGUUAACAGUCCACGCUCGUACUCCUGAUCAGCGGUCAGAACCAAUUAAUAUGGAUGCCUUAAUAGAUGUUCGGAAAAGUGUCUCAAUUCCUGUGAUAGCCAACGGAGAUGUGAAGUCCCUUGUUGAUGCUGACUACCUUCACAAUGCAACCAAUUGCCAAGGUAUCAUGGCAGCUCGCGGAAUCCUUCAAAACCCUGGGUUGUUUGCAGGCCACAAGAUCACCCAAUUAUGUGUCAUCGAAGACUGGCUGUCGAUGAAACACCCAAACUUCUUCAUCUUUCAUAAUCAUCUGGUAUUCAUGUUGACGCAAUUGCUAACAAGAGCGGAGCGGAGGGUUUUUAACUACCUAAAAACUGCAGCUGAUGUGGUAGAAUUCAUUAAAAAUAAAUUCGGUAUUGUUCCUAAAAACGAUUUUAGUGUUUCUUUGCUCAAACCGGGUGCUGUGUACGAUUCAGGGAAGUUCUUCCUCGAACACUUGAAAGAAACUGAAAAUGGACCUGAAGAUUCUGAAGAGAGCCGAGACUAUUUUGAAGGAAUCAGUGACUUAUAUAUCUAAUUUCAAAGUCUUCAAAUGAACCACCUCAUCAUCAAGCUGUUUUUCAGUUAUGUCAUCAAGUCUCCGCCUAUUUGUAAAACCGCACCAAAUUGACUUGUUAUAAUCAGUUGUUUAAUCUCAUGAAAGAUUUGGUCUCAAUGUCAGACAGACUGAUGUACUUUUUUCAGUUUUUUACACCUGGAAUUUUUUUUAAAAUUCCCAAGCACUAUGUUAUUUUCAUUCAUAUUUUUAUGAUAACAGUAUAUCGAUGGUGAAAGUCGGCAAUCACAUAACUCGAUUUUUGACGGUUUUGAGUUAGCUGCAGAAAUGAAGUGUAGAAGAUGCCCUUUACCUACUAUCAAAAUAUUUCAGCCGAAAAAAAUCUGGAAGUCACCUAAAAACGUAGAACUCAAAACACAUAUCUUGGCGUUAAUUCCAAUAACACAUAACUCGUGCUGUCGCGCCGCAUUUUUACACAAUGCGCGCUCUCCCGGGAAGAACCGUGAGCAGUUUAGGAGGGAAAA